AGUAUUCGAUCUAGAUUUAAAUAUCAUCUUAUGAUACUCGUCGAUAGUUACUAUCGAACUUGCAAGCCGCAUUUACAAUACUUUCCGAUAAGUAGCAAUACAGCUCUAGCUUUGUUUUUGUCAACAAAUGGAGCAGGUUGAGGGAAGUGGAAUUGCUGGAGCAUUAGUUAGUAAAAACGAAGCUCAACUAAAAGCUACAAAGAACACGGCCAUUAAGUGCUUAAAAUGCAACAAAGUGUAUAUAUUCCCCGAUGACAGAGACGAUUGUUUGGCACAUUUGUACCUCGAGCAUCGUCUGGUCAUAGCAGAUGUUGAGGACAUAGCACUCCUUGAGGAUUAUUUGCAAUACUGGGAAAAGGAGUUCCAAACACAUGAGUUCGAGCAGUAUUGUACAACAAUGUUUCUGGAUCAGCUGCCAGAUGGAAGUUACGCCAAAAACGAGAAAUAUUAUCUGCUAUGCGAUAUAUUACCGCAGGACUUUGAACUGCGAAAGCGGUUGCAGAACCAGCGCUUGAGCGCUGCAUUGGAACGACAUCAGUUUGAGCUAACGGAUCGUACCUUUAGUAAAGAGUGCCUUUUCUGUCGUACCGUCAUUAAAGGAUUACGCGCCGACUACUUGGAACAUCUGUUCGAAAAGCAUUUUCUGCUUGUGGGCAAGCCGGAGAACUUAGUCUAUGUGGAUGAGUUGCUCGAUCAGUUGGAGAAUAACCUAAACAAACUGUUAUGCCUGUACUGCGAAAAGAUUUUCAAGGAUCGGCCAACGCUGAAGGAGCAUAUGCGCAAGAAGGGCCACAAACGUAUAAAUCCCAACCGUCGUGAAUACGACAAAUUCUUUCUAAUCAACUACAAUCGUACUACUCCAAGAUCUUUGCCGCGUAAGCAGACGCGCGAGACGCAAAAGUCCGGCGUAUCCGAUGACAGUGCCAGCGUCGACUUUGACAAGCAUUUUGCACGCAGGGACUCGGAUGCAGAUUGCGAUUCAGAUUGGUCCGAUUGGGCAGCUGAUGGAGAGCCUCAUGUCAUUAAGUGUCUCUACUGUGCCCACCAGGAGAAUCAGUAUUGUGAUCUGAAGCGACACAUGAUCGAGGCACAUCGAUUGGACUUUGAGGCCGUCACCAGCUCUUUAAAUUUCUACCAGAAAAUCAAGGUUGUGAAUUUUGUGCGGCGGCAGCUUUGCUUGUUGCGCUGCGUUUGUUGUGAUUUGCAAUUUGAUGAGUUUGAACUGCUGGCUGAACACAUGGUUAACGAAUCGCACUGUGGCAUCGGGGAUCGUUCAAAAUGGGAUAAACCAGAAUUCUUUUUUCCUUACAUUGAUAACGAUGGACUUUUGUGCGUGCUGGACGACAGCACGGGGGACGAUUUGGAUGCAGAUGUGGUUCGCAUCAUUUCUGAAGAUAGUGUGGCGCAGAUAAACAAGGAUGCGGAGAGCUUAUCGUUAGAGAAUUUUAAAUUAUGAAUCUUACUGCAAAUAAAACAAAACACUUAAAAAUUUCAAUAGUCGUCAACACAUUUAGGAUAACUGAAAUAUAGAUAAACACAUGUUAUGUACAAACUAUAACAAUUGUAUUGUGCGUUAUUGAAGAUACUAAUUUAUCUUAUGAAUAUA